UCCUACAUCAUCUACAAAAUCUUUGAUCUCACCAACAUAAGCCUUCCUCGUUCUUUCAUUCAGCUCUACACCUCUGAUCAUCCAGCGGCGGCAAUAUAUUCACCUCAUCUGAUUCUGAUUCAAUUUGUUGUCCGACACCCGAUCGAUCCGCAGGGCGCAGCGAGAAGGUAAUCCGGCGGCGGCAACCAUGGAGGCAGCGAUGGCUCGCGGCGACACAGCAACAUUCUUCUCGGGCCAGGAGGAAUUCUUGUGGGGCCAGGACCAGGAGGACGCGGCCGAGGGGCGCAUAUCCAGCCUGCCGGCUCGGGUGGCCGGCUCGAUCGUCCGCGGCGUGAUCACCUUCAUCUUCGCCACAGUGGGCACGAUUCUGGGAGCCAUCACGGGUGGGAUGAUUGGGCUGGCGACGGAGAGCGGCCUCGUUCGCGGCGCGGGCAUCGGUGCCAUCUCCGGCGCCGUGGUGGCCAUGGAGGUUGUCGACAGGUCCAUGGCCAUGUGGCGCUCCGACGAGUCCGCCAUCUGGAGCGUCCUAUACGUGCUUGACGUGAUCUGGAGCCUCCUGACGGGCCGUCUGGUGCGUGAAAAGGUGGACCCGGCAGUGCAGAACGCCGUCGACAGCCAGAUGAACGCCGCGGGCGACGGAUUCAGCGACGGACCGCCGACGCUCUCCGAGAUGUUUGACAUGGGAUCCGCCUCCUUCAAAGGCAUGGCUGCAGACGCCAUCGCAGAGCUCCCCGCGACGACCAUCACCGAGCAGCAGGCCGCCGUGCAGAACGGCGGCUGCUCCGUGUGCCUCCAGGAGUUCGAGGCCGGCGAGGCGGCGCGGAGCCUGCCGGAGUGCCGCCACACGUUCCACCUGUCGUGCAUAGACGGGUGGCUGUGCCGGCAUGCGUCGUGCCCGCUGUGCCGCCGCGCCGUCUAGGCUUGGCGUGUCCGGCUCCUUAGGAUCCAUGUCAAUGUGUGCAUAGCCAGCGUAUACACACACGUGUUACGUGCGUGUGUGGCGCUAGCACGUAUACGGCACGCGCACGCACAUACGGAAAGUUCGUUAAUCUCUUGUAGUUAGCUAGCUGGGUUGAGACUGACAUUACAUGAUAUGUAUGCCGACAAGUACGUUCUUUCGUGACUUGGUUCGUUGCCUUCAUAAGGCUGGUUGUGAACGUGUGUACAGAAAAUCAUCAGCGUUCAGAUUAUUAUCCUUUUUCUCA